CAGUGGAGAGGAGGCUGCGUCUCAAGGCCAUUUUCAAAUCUCAUUGGUGGGCUUGUCAUGUGGUCGGGAGGCAUCCCGACUUACUCGGAGAUUGUUUUUUCCGAGAUAUGUCAGCUUACAAAGGACAUCUCUCUCCUUCAUAGAACCUAACUCCCCAAAAUGUCCUUCCCCAGCGGCUCUCCUGCGGCCAAUACGUUUCUGGUGGACUCGAUCAUUGGCGCGUGCAGGACGGACAGUUUCUACUCCAGCAGCAACAUGUACAUGCCGUCUGGUUCAGAGAUGGGAACUUACGGAAUGCAAACCUGUGGACUCCUGCCGUCUUUCGGCAAGAGAGGGGAGGUUGGUCAUCAAAACGUGGGCAUGCAUUCGUACGUCCCUCAGAUAGAUAACUGGACUGAUCCGAACCGAGCGUGCCGUGCAGAGGCACCUGACCAAAUUUCAAACUGUCCAUUCUCACAGAGCAUUAAAGAGGAAAGUAACUGCUGCAUGUACUCAGACAAAGCGGUCCAAAAGAGUAGCUCUGCAGACGGAACCGCAUACUCCAUCGCCAUUUCCGAGUCCUGUUCCGUAGAUGGUCCUGAGAUCCCGCUCCCGGGUUACUUCAGAUUGAGCCAAACUUACGUCAACGGAAAACACCAGGAAAACUACUGCCAUGACGCGCCAAGUCCAAACCCAACAUUGAUGCAAUUGAGCCGGGUCACCCCCAAACCUCAGUCCUCCUCUUCCUCCUCGUUGUCCUCAACCUCCAACAUCACAGAGGCAGAAAAGAAAAACGAAGAUGCCUUGCAAAAGCAAGAAUCUUCAAGGACACCAGUCCCAGCAGAUAGUCCGGAGCCCAAGUCCGGCUCUGAGGAGAAGCACUGCUCCAUGGACGCACCAGUGUCCAGCCCAGAACUGGCGCACAAGGAGGCAAAAGAAUGCAAGACCGACACACCAACAAGCAGCUGGCUGACGGCGAAAAGUGGCAGAAAGAAGAGAUGCCCCUACACCAAGCACCAGACCCUGGAGUUAGAGAAAGAAUUCCUUUUUAAUAUGUAUCUUACCCGCGAGCGCCGCCUAGAGAUCAGCCGCAGUGUCAACUUGAGCGACAGGCAGGUCAAGAUCUGGUUCCAAAACCGCAGGAUGAAACUGAAGAAAAUGAACAGGGAAAACCGCAUCCGAGAGCUGACCUCAAACCUCACCUUUUCGUGAGCGCGCAUGUGUGUCUGUCUUGUGCACAUUGAUGCUUUGUGGCAUCGGACAUUUCCAAACUGUGAUUCUAAAUGUUAUUGUAUAAAUAUUCCACUUGGGUAGCCUAAAGCCUUUUGGUUGCGUCGUGUGUGUUUGUUUUCACAGGGUGACACUAACUGUUAAAUUAUUGAACAAUUUUGUUUCUUGGCCAGUGGAAAUUAUUGUAGUUUUUUAUUUUACUUUUUAUAAUUAUGUGUGUUGUUUUGUGUAGGCUGUCCCUUUCCC